AUGUAUCCAUGUGAUUCAACUACUACUACAUCGACUACUACUACAUCUAAUACUACUAGAUCUAAAACUACUACAUCUAACGCUACUAGAUCUACUACUAGUAUAUCUAACAUUGCUAGAUCUACUACUACUAUAUCUAAUACUACACGAUCUACUACUAAUAUAGCAAAUCUACUAGAUCUACUACUACUACAUCUGCCGCUACUAGAUCUACGAUUAGCAUUCGCUAUCUAUCUAUCUAUCUAUCUAUCUAUCUAUCUAUCUAUCUAUCUAAAGAAAAUUUUUGCUUCCCGUACCAAAAUAUCUAUCUAUCUAUCUAUCUAUCUAUCUAUCUAUCUAUCUAUCUAUCUAUCUAUCUAUCUAUUUUGUUAUAUUCAUCUGUCUCUCCAUCUCUUUUGCUAUCUAUCUAUCUAUCUAUCUAUCUAUCUAUCUAUCUAUCUAUCUAUCUAUCUAUCUACAUCUAUUUCUAUCGAUCUAUCUCAGUCUGUUCAUAUCUAUCUAUCUCUCUAUCUAUCUGUGCCUGUUAAAAUCUAUCUUGGUCUGUUUAUUUCUCUCUAUAUAUAUAUCGAUAUCUCCAUAUUUAUCUCGCUAUCUCCGUUUGUUUAUUACUUUCUCUUUUUGCCUCGCUCUCUCUCUGUCUUCCCCCCUCUCUCUCCCUCUCUCUCUCUAUAUAUAUAUAAUUUGAUAUGUAUAAAAAUGCUCAUAUUUCUUCAUAUCUAUCUAUCUAUCUAUCUAUCUAUCUAUCUAUCUAUCUAUCUAUCUCAGUCUGUUCACAUCUAUGUAUGUAUGAAAAAUAACUUAAAUCAAUUAUCAACUGAAUUCUUCAGCUGA